UUUCACAAGUACACUAACUCACUCCUUUACUUGUGCUCCAAAACCCUAGCCCUAAAACCCUCUGCCUAAGUGCGAUACUUUGCUCAAGCGAUAUGUCGGGAAGAGGAGAUGAUAGUGAUUCCGAUGCGCCGGAAGAACUAACUUCCGUACAGGGAAUUCAAAACAAUGAGGAGAUUACAAAAGUUGAAAGACAACAUAAGGCUAGAGUUGUUCGGGAAAGGAAGGAACGUCGUAGACAAUGGGCUCAAAAGUUAACUCCACGACCUACACAAAAUGAUGAAAGCAUUGAAGACACAAAAGAACCUGAAAAUGCCCAGGAGUCAAAGGACAAUAGAGGGAUGCUGCCUGAUGAGAUUGUAAAAAUUCUUGCAGCUCGUGAGAAGAAAGUUUUCUCGUCAGACUCGGAGGAAGAACAUGAGAAGCAGCCUACAUCUAAAAAGAAAAGAUCCAAGAGAUCUGGGUCUGGACCAGUUAUUUUGAAGGAUCUUCCACCUCCUCCGUGCUUAGAGAGCUCGCUGGCAUUCUUGAAGAAACGCAAGAUGCAGGUGUCAAGAUCAUCAGCUGUUCUGAACAAUUCCAGUCAAGCAUUACGGCUCCUAUGUACAUCUGGCUUGCUACGUACCAAAUGAUAGGUGAUGAAUUUGAAGAUUUUAGCUCGGGCUGAUGUCAAUGUGGUAUUGCUUGCUAUAAUGGGAAAUAUGCUGGUAGAGGUGUUAAAUGGCGAGCUGGUUUUGGACACUGAUGGGUAAACCAAAAAAACAAAACAAUGUAACAACUUUUUGAUGGUAUAUUGCAAUUUUAUUGAUACUUGUGGGUA